GUCAGCAUGAGACACACAGAGGUUAUCUUCUGCCUUUUGCAGUGGUUUACACUGCUGCUUCAGCAUUCCAUUGGAUCUGAGUUCAGAAAUGCGAGAUACAGAAGCAGUUAUGCAGUUUUUCUCUAGAUUACUUACAAGAAAAUGAAAGAACUGCAAUGGACACAAUUAUCAACAUCAAUGACUAUGAAGCAGUGGAUACGAUGGAUGGAGUGAAACUCAGAGAAGGAGAUAUUGCCGUCUCCAGCAGAAGUGAGAAAAGCUGUUUCGCCCAAAGCUGUUUAUGGUCCAAAUCCGUAGAUGGACACGUUUACAUUGCUUAUACGCUCUCACCUGAGUACACUGAAGUGGAUCGCCUAACUAUAAAGCAAGGGAUGGAUCUGAUUGAGAGAGAUACGUGUGUUCGCUUUGUACCCAGAACACACCAGAGAGACUUCCUGGACAUUCAGCCUAAAACUGGGUGUUGGUCAUAUUUGGGUUCGAGUGGAGGCAGACAGACUCUCUCCUUGCAAAGUCCGGAGUGUGUGAACUCUGGAGUUGUUUCUCAUCAGCUCAUGCAUGUGCUUGGAUUUGUGCAUGAACAGUCACGCGCUGAUCGUGAUAAAUAUGUCACCAUCAUGUGGUCCAAAAUUUGGAAAGAUCGUGUGAGGAAUUUUGAGAAGUUUAAGAUGAACAACAUGGACAUGCCUUAUGAUUAUAGCUCUAUCAUGCACUUUGGAAAGUACGCCUACUCUGAGGAUGGUGAUCCUACCAUUGUUCCAAAACGAAGCUGGAACAUUAAACUGGGACAGAGAUUUGGUCCAAGUGAACUUGAUGUCAUGAAAAUCAACAAACUCUACAAAUGUACUUAGUAAUGCCAUUAAAUUUAUACAACAGAAAACAGCAUAAAGCUAAUCACAAACAUGUCUAUAUUUUAAAUGCUUAGCACUAUUCAUAACUAAUUUAUUAACACAAUCCUUUGAUAAAGCAUUUAUUUUAACUUUAAAUGUCUGCUCUGAACCUGACACUUCUUAUGUUGGACUCCUUACAUAUAAACAUACACUAAUUAAUAUAAAUUAAUAAAUUAUAUCUAUUCUGUUCUAUAAGGUUAUAAUGUGGUUUGUAAAUGACAAAAGCCAAAGACAGAGCACAUACUUAUUUCUAAAAACAUCAUGACAAAGAUGUCAUUGUGCCAUAAGCAUUUCAGUUAGGGUCAACUAUGAUUUGAGGCUUUUUUUCAAGCAGAUGUGUU